AUGGCUCCAACCAAUGAAACAAAUCAAAAUCCCACGAAUCCGAAUCCCACACCACCAACCAUCGAUUUCAGUGAUCCUUUGUACAUGCAUCCAUCGGAGAAUGCCGGAUCUUCAAUUACUCCAGUUCCUUUUGAUGGAACAGGAUACAUAUCCUGGAGGCAUGGUGUCCUUCGAGCCCUUUCUGUGAAAAAUAAGAUCGGCUUCAUCAAUGGAAAAGCUCAGAAACCAGAUUCAAGUUCACCUACAUUUGCACAAUGGGAACGUUGCGAUGACAUGGUCACGUUGUGGAUUCUCAAUUCACUGUCAAAGGAUUUAGCUGACAGCUUGCAAUACGUCAACAACGCGAAGGAAUUAUGGGACGAGUUAGCCAAUCGUUACGAUCAAACCAAUGGUGCGAAACUGUUUCAACUCCACCAGAAGAUCAAUGACCUCGCACAGGGAAAUCUGGAUAUCACAGGGUAUUACACCAGACUUCGUCGACUUUGGGAGGAGCUCUCUACUUUGGACGCCAACACUCAGUGUACAUGUCUGUGCAAUUGUUGA